GCUAAGGCAGCUGUAAAUUUUUUCUGAACUGCUUACCAUUCAAUGUUGCAAAAACUCCUCUGUUUGCUUUAAACGGUAAAAAAAAUCUACAUGUAGAAAACUUACUUUGGAGUCGGUACAACAAAAAGACCAAUUUUAUCUCAUUUGGAUACGGUUGAAAGAAAAUAUGGGAUGUAUAAAGUCGAAGAACUUCACUGAAGAGCCAAAAGAAUUGAAGGAAAAACCAGUACGUAAAUCUGAACCAACUAUUUAUGUGCAAGAUCCCACAUCCAAUACACAAGUGCCAAGUUCAAACCAAGAUUCUCAUCUAUUACCUGGCCAGAAGUUUCAGAAAUUUGAAGAGACUGAUGGCAAAAUAGUUAUUGCCUUGUAUCCAUAUGAAGGAAACCAUACAGAUGACUUGAACUUCAAAAAGGGGGAAAGGCUGAAAGUGCUUGAAGAGCAUGGUGAAUGGUGGAAAGCCAAAUCUCUUGUAACUAGAAAAGAGGGAUACAUUCCCAGCAAUUAUGUGGCAAACAUCAACACACUGGAAACUGAGGAGUGGUUCUUUAAAGAUAUCAGCCGCAAAGAUUCAGAGAGACUCUUAUUAUCAGCUGGAAAUAAAUCUGGUGCUUUCCUUAUUAGGGAGAGUGAAACAUCAAAAGGUAGUUACUCACUGUCAAUGAGAGAUUAUGAUCUUCAAAUGGGUGAUGUAGUAAAACACUACAAGAUUCGGUGCCUGGACAGUGGUGGAUUUUACAUCUCUCCUAGAAUUACAUUUCUUGAUCUAAAUCAGCUAAUUAAACAUUACCAAAAACAGCCUGAUGGUCUGUGUCGAAAGCUUGGAUCGCCUUGUCUUAGCCCCCAACCACAAAAACCAUGGGAUAAAGAUGCAUGGGAAAUUCCACGAGAGUCUGUGAAACUGGUCAAGAAACUUGGUGCUGGACAGUUUGGAGAAGUGUGGAUGGGUUAUUACAAAAAUACUACAAAAGUAGCUGUUAAAACUUUAAAACCAGGCAGCAUGUCCGUGGAAGCCUUCCUUGAAGAAGCCAACCUCAUGAAGAAACUCUUACACGACCGAUUAGUGCGACUCUAUGCAGUAGUCACUAAAGGAGAUCCAAUUUACAUUAUUGCGGAAUUUAUGGCCAAUGGUAGUUUGCUAGAUUUCCUGAAGACAGAUGAAGGGAGAAGACUUGUAUUACCUAAAAUGAUUGAUUUCUCCGCACAGAUUGCAGAGGGAAUGGCAUUUAUUGAAAGAAAAAAUUACAUCCAUCGAGACCUUAGAGCAGCCAAUGUUUUGGUAUCUGAAAACCUGAUGUGUAAAAUUGCUGAUUUUGGCCUUGCUCGAAUAAUCGAAGAUAAUGAGUACACAGCCAAAGAAGGGGCUAAAUUUCCAAUAAAAUGGACAGCACCUGAAGCUAUAAGCUACGGGUCUUUCACGAUUAAAUCAGAUGUUUGGUCCUUUGGAGUUCUCCUCUAUGAAAUAGUCACAUAUGGAAAAAUACCAUAUCCAGGGAUGUCUAACACAGAGGUUGUAAAUGCUAUUGGACGUGGUUAUCGCAUGCCACGUCCUGAAGAAUGCCCACAAGAGCUGUAUGAUGUCAUGAAGGAUUGUUGGAAAAGUAAAGCUGAAGAUCGGCCAACCUUUGAAUAUCUCAAAUCGCUUCUUGAAGACUUUUAUACAGCCACAGAAGGUCAAUACCAACAACAGCCAUAGAACAAUUUAAAAUGAAAGGUCAAUCAAAUCAAUAACUAGCAUCAACUGUUAAAUGGCAUGAAAGUAUAUAUGUAUACACCAAAUGUAUUUUGUCACAAUUUCAUGUAAAGAAGUCACUAACUGAUGCUUAAUUACCUAAAUAACUGGAACAUUCAAUUGUACCAAAUAUUCCACAUCAUCACAAGCAUGUUCAGUGUCUAAAUUAAUAGAUCAAAAAUAGAUAAAAAUAACCCAGCUAUUUUCACUCACAAAAUGUAACUCGAAUAGAAUAGUAGUGGCAAAUCAUUUCCUAACUGGGGGUGUAAGAGGAGUCGAGGAAGGGGGAGUGGGAAGGUGGGAGGUGGUGGUGGUGGUGGUGGCAGAGGGUGUGGUGAUAUAGACGUUCUUGUCCUGAAUCACUACAUAGUGUUUUUAUCUCAAUUUAAUACUUUAUGGAUACAGUUAUACUGUAGUGGUGUCUCAAAGCUGGCCUCGCUUGACAGUGAUAUACAAUCAUCAAAUCUGCUUGGAGACUGCUCAGUACAGCUGCAUUGGGAAAUUAUUCAUGUUAGUAGUUACAAAAAACUACUUAAUCCAAGCAAUUCUGGUCAGUGGAUCCAUAUAUAUGAACGCGAAUGGAUUUUCUGCCCACUCAAUAAAUAAAUACAGUUCAAGCAAAAUACAUCAAUGGGACCAUCAUUUGAAACAUUAAAUUAUUAUUAGUGGGUUCACAACUGUUUGUUAACUAUCAUUUUCACCAUUUCACCUACAUUGUUUGAGCAUUUGGGGAGUUGCUUAUGUAAUAAUUUUCAUUGAUGUUAAAUCUGACCAAAGUCAAAUACAAUUUUUAUUUUACAAGACUAAGAUUAUAUUCCACAGUGAAUUAGUGGUUUGAUCAUAAUUAGCAGGCAUGUGGAAAGUUGUGUAGACCAGUUGUUUAUUACUAUACUCUUGAUUUUUCGUUAGCUCUUGUAACAUUUAAUUUCUUUCAAAACAAAUCUAUUCAGUGAUAUUGCUUUUUACUGAAUCCAGUGGUAAUACUUCAAAAUGUAGUUCACUAAGAUCCCAACUCAAAAGAGCAAAUUUGAACCAAAACUCCAUGAACCUGUUCCACAUUCCAAAAUGGGAAACAUUAUCGAUGACACACAUUGUAUUCAAACAAAUCAUGAUUAUUCAACUUUCAAUUCGUGGGAGUUUCCAGAAGUGACUAACUUUGACAGAUGAUGUCCAAAGAUGUGCAGGUUAGGCGAAUUGGCCAUGCUAAAAUUCCCUGUAGUGUUAGGUGCAUUCGUCAGGGGUAAAUGUUGGGGUGGGAUGCUCUUCGGAGGGUUGGUGUGGACUUGAUGGGCCGAAGGACCUGUUUCCACACUGUAGGGAAUCUAAUCUAAUCAUGAAGAGGGACAUUUUCUGGUCAAUGUGUAAAUGAUAUUUUAUUCCAUAUAUUUUGUAUAAUAAAAUUUGAGAAGCUGUUUUAAUGGAACACUUAGCAGAUGUGUAUGCUACUUGUAAAAUGUGCAAUAAUUUGCUUGAUACUUUUCUGUUUUCCCAUUGUGUGGGAAGAAAUAUACAGUAAGUUAUGAAUUUGUAAUAUGAACAUUUUGAAUAAAGGCAAAUAUUUUACGAAA